GUGGCUCUAGGUAGUUGGUGCUCACUGAGCUUCAGCUGGGGGCUUCCCGAGGCUGGGCAGUUAACCUCUGCUGGCCAAGCUGGGUUUGGGUGGGCGGCACGGGGCGGGGCGGGGCGCGGCCCGGGGCGGGGCUCCCCUGAGCUCUCCCCCCGCCCGGCCAGUGCUCCCGCCGAGUCCUAGCAGCAAAGGCCUGGCUGAGCCGCCGCAGGUUGUGGGGAGCCGCGUGAGCCGCGGCGACCGAGCUGGGUAGAAAAGGUACCUCUGUCGGAGCAUUGAGCUUCGGCUGCGCGGCGACUCCGAGGGCUGAGCCGCUCCGGGAGCGCAAGGUUCCGCAGGGGCCAGGACGUCCCCUGAACCACUGCGCGGGUCUUCGGGAGCCUGAGCUGCAGUCGCCUGACCAUGGAGUCCCCGGUCCAGAUCUUCCGCGGGGAGCCGAGCCCCACCUGCUCCCCGAGCACCUGCCUGCUCCCAAACGGCAGCUGGCUGCCCGACUGGGCCGAGGCCGACCGCAACAGCAGCGGGGGCUCCGAGGGCGCGCCGCUGGAGUCCGCGCACAUCUCUCCCGCCAUCCCAGUCAUCAUCACGGCGGUCUACUCCGUGGUGUUCGUCGUGGGCUUGGUGGGCAACUCUCUGGUCAUGUUCGUGAUCAUCCGAUACACAAAGAUGAAGACAGCAACCAACAUUUAUAUAUUUAACCUGGCGUUGGCAGAUGCUUUGGUUACUACAACCAUGCCCUUCCAGAGCACGGUCUAUCUGAUGAAUUCGUGGCCAUUUGGGGAUGUGCUGUGCAAGAUAGUCAUUUCCAUUGACUAUUAUAACAUGUUUACCAGCAUAUUCACCUUGACCAUGAUGAGUGUGGACCGAUACAUUGCUGUGUGCCACCCCGUCAAAGCUUUAGACUUCCGCACCCCCAUGAAGGCAAAGAUCAUUAACAUCUGUAUUUGGCUCUUAUCAUCAUCUGUUGGCAUAUCUGCGAUAGUCCUUGGAGGGACCAAAGUCAGGGAAGAUGUGGAUGUCAUUGAGUGCUCCUUGCAGUUCCCAGAUGAUGAUUACUCCUGGUGGGACCUCUUCAUGAAGAUCUGUGUCUUCGUCUUUGCCUUUGUGAUCCCUGUCAUCAUCAUUAUCAUCUGCUACACCCUGAUGAUCCUGCGCUUGAAGAGUGUCCGACUCCUUUCUGGCUCCAGAGAGAAAGAUCGCAACCUCCGUCGGAUCACCAGGCUGGUUCUGGUGGUGGUGGCGGUCUUUAUCAUCUGUUGGACCCCCAUUCACAUUUUCAUCCUUGUGGAGGCUCUGGGGAAUGCUUCUCACAGCACGGCUGCCCUUUCCAGCUAUUAUUUCUGCAUUGCCUUAGGUUAUACUAACAGCAGUCUGAACCCCAUUCUCUAUGCCUUUCUUGAUGAAAACUUCAAGCGGUGUUUCAGAGACUUCUGCUUUCCAAUUAAGAUGAGGAUGGAGCGACAAAGCACUAGUAGGGUCAGAAAUACAGUUCAGGAUCCUACUUAUAUGAGGGAUGUUGAUGGAAUAAAUAAACCAGUAUGACUAGUCGUGGAGAUGUCUUCUUACAGUUCUUCAGGAAGAGAAGAGUUUAAUGAUCUCGGGUUAACUCAGAUUAGUACUGAAGUCUGAGAUGGAAAGGUAGAAUUUUUAAUAAACUUUUAGAAAUCUCAUGGUCUGAAGUUGUAAGAUGCAGGCUGGGUUAGCCACUCAGGUCUGUGGAAGUAUCAAAGCUGUAGGGAUUUGAGGAAGCAAAUUCAGCCCCUUUAUAAGGCAAGGAAGCAAGACUGACUCUCAGUUCCCUUGAUGAACAAAGAAAUAAGUCUUUUUCUUCUGGUUACCUAGAUUUAGUCCAGGACCCAUCUGCCUUGGCCUUUCUGUGCAGUGUGGUUUCAAAAGCUCUGUUUAGAAAAAAGGAUAAGGAAAAAUUAUUGGUUUCAGAGCUUAGUGGAUGACCUAUCCAGAUGCUUUACAUUGACAACAACAACCUGAAAAAAAAAAGAGAACCAUUGCCAGGACAUGUGCCUAGCUCACUUUAUGCUAUGUGGACACACAUUUCAUGUGGCUGUGUAGUGAUGACUCUGGCUUAAGUAUGACUUGGACCCACACCUGAGGUGUCUGAUGUUUAUGUAUAAUAAGAAAUUAUCUUGAUAUUUAUGAAGUUAUUUAAACAUGCAAAAGGUGAUUUCCAACAUAGUUUAAUUUCUUAAAAGGCACGGUUCGUUUCGCAGCAUGCUAUUCAGAUAAAUAAUUUCAUGAUAAAGCAUGUCCUGAUGUCAAGAAAUACAAAGUGGUUUAAAUACCACUGAAGUAUAUAUAUUGCAUCUGUAAUUAAUAGUAUACAUGCUAAUAAGGGCUGGGCUUGCCCCCCAGUCAGGCACUUUCCUGAGGACACACUCACAAUAUCCCCUGAGUUAUUAACAAAUGAUGUGGAGACAUUUUGUGGCAACAGGAGCUUCACUCUGGGAAUUGGUCAGACGCCAUCUUUGACUCCGUCUUUUUCAGACCCUUGAGCACCAUGUAGGCAAUUCAGUUGUGCUUAUAACUCAUGUGUUAAACAACCAAAAAAUAUUUUACUCAUUCCCAGGUUGUUGACUUGACAGAAUCCAAUUUAUAUGCAACAUCUCUUCAUGAAUAUAUAGCUUUACCAAAAGUUCUUUAUCUGUGGAGGGAGGGCAUUUUUCUCAUGUUAAUCUUGGGCUAGGAUUUUGUGGUUUUUGGCAGGAAGCAGAAAUAUUUCUAAUUGCGGGCUGAACAAGGACAUUAUGUCACCUGUGGUGCUUGGCCAUACCUUGCACUGUGUUCUUUGAAGAGCAUACCAGCUGAGGAUAAUGCUAUGAGAGCACAUUUAGGAUAAUUUUGCUAAAACUUCCAGAUGAUAUAUUAAUUCCCUCAUCUUUCCCCUGAAAGUUAUGAUUUCAAAGGUAAUGGCUUUUUCUGUAAUUUGCCUGGGGAGAAGAAAGGGAUAAUUUAGAAAUAACCCCUGUCUCUUCUCUUCCUUAAUCUUAUAUGUUAUUAGGGCAGCACCUCCUGGAAUUUAAUGGGAAAAUCAAAUUUAUGGUCCUACAUACUUACAGACAUUAUUACAUCUAUAAUUUCUGUUCACUGUGUACUUUCUGUCUUGUGUAUAUACUCCUUUUGGAAGCAAACCUUGCACUGAAGGCUUUAUAUGUGGCUAUUGAUGAUACUUGUCUAUAUCCCAGAUUUUCAUGGCAUCCGACAGAUGACUUAAGGCCAAAAGGCAAAGUUCUUCCAAAUGAACCCACAGUGCUCUUUGAACAUUUCUUAAAUUUCACUGAUUUUCUUUCAUGUCCUUGUAUUCUUACAACUAAAUGUAGAUAGGGAUGGCUUAAAUAUUUGUUGGCAUUUACCCCAUGGUUAAAAAUUUUGGCUACCAUAUAGAAGGGAUAUUUAUGCAGAAAGCAAUUUCAGGAACAAGCCCUACUGAUGGGAGAAAUAUACAAAUCUGUUUAUGGGAAUAGUAAGACGCAGGGGAUUUUCUUGAAGGAUUCUUACACAGUGCAAAAAUAUACAUUCAUAGAAUAAAAUUAUAGUAAUUAUAGUAAUGGUUUCUCUUUCGCUUAGCACCCCUCAUGCCCUUAUGGCAUCUGUGGCCAUUAUUAGAGUCUGAACUUUAACCAGAUUAUCCUGCAUGUCUUUAUAUCUAAGUUUGCAGCCCAUGGAGAGAGAAAAGUAGCUCUGAGUGCCCAUGAGAAAUGUUCUAAGUUCUCUAUUAUUGUGGGGCACCAAUUUUCCCAAACUGGAAGAAGAAAGAAAGGCUUUGUCAUUUUAGGGCACCAUUUUAAAGAAUGAAAAAGUGAGUCAUCCAUGUUAAAGAAAAUACCAUUUACACAAAAAUAUUCAUUUGUCAAAAGUGUGUAUGUGGGCAUGCAUGUGCAAGUGAGUGUAUAUGUCUGUGUGUGUGCUCAUGUGAUCAUGUGAGCACACAUAUGUGAAAGUGUCAAUAUUGUCUUUCUGUGUGUGCAUGGUGGGUGUGCAUGGCUGCAUGUGUGGAUAUAUGCAUGUGAUUGUGUAAGUAUGCACAUGUGUGUGUACAUGUUUGUGCGUGUAAGUAUUCAUGAGUAUAUGUGUUUUUGUGUAUGUGAUUUUGUGUGCAUGCAUGUGUGUGAGUGCGUGUGUGUAUAUAUGUGAUUGUGUGUUCACAUGCAUGCAUGUGUAUGUGAGAUAAUGUAUGUUUAUGUUCCAUGUUUUGAUAUUCCUGCUUUCUCAUCACAACAAGGAGGAUACAUACAGACCAGAACUGUGUGUAUGAAACCUCAAGAUCAACUCUACCUAAAUUCCAUCUUCCCACCCUGGUGACUUCUGGAAGAUAAGAUCUAUUGAGGGGUCAUAAAAAGAUACAGAGAAAUGAAACAACCAUGCAGGAGGCAGCAAUGAGGAUGAAAACCCAUAAUUCUAGCUGGGGGAGACUGGCAUUAAUGUCUCAGAAAUACUCCUAAGAAUCUAAAAGCAUCCCCUAUGCAGAGAGCUUAAGUCAAACCUCAAAGCAUAAUGCUACAAAAGAACACAGUUUGGAAAGUUAAUUUUUAAAAAAUCAAAGAACAUUCACAUAAAUCCUAAGAAAGUGGUUUCAUUCUAUGAUGUGUUGCUGAGAAAUACAGGUUCUUAAAUCUGUAGAACCACUAUUGGAUAAUUUAUAGAAGUUUUAUCUAGUAUUGGGACAGAAUAAGAUGAAUAACUAGAAUAUACUUCAUUGGUAUUCCUUACUAGCUCGCUCUAAAAUUAGACUUUUUUAAGGACAGAACUAUGACAAUUAUAUGUCCAUUCAAUGAGAUUUAUUUUUUAAACAAGAACUGUUUCGAAGUUUCAGCAUAAAUAUGAAUAUCCCAUCCCAAAAGGGCAUAAACCUGUUUGCUCUGAGGCAGUUUUCUUUCCUGAAACAAAAGUAUAAUCACAUAUUCUUUAUUGUAUAUAUUUAUAUCUUGUAAUUUUGGAAGGUGAUAAUUACACAUUGUAUAUAAGAUUGUGUGUCUUGCAAUAAAAUAAAAAUUGUGCCUGCU